AUGAUAGAAUCUCAUCCUCCUGUUGUAAUUGAAAAUUCUUCAUGUAAUAUAAGAGCUGGAAUUGUAGGAGAAGCAUCCCCUAGAUGCUGUUUUCCAACUCGAGUCCUAAAAGUGCAAGAUUCUUAAGCGAUUAAAUUUUUAAUUGGCAGUCAGAUUGAAGAAAACUAAAACAAUAAUUAACCUUGUUAUCCAAUUUAAAAUGGUUAUAUAAUAGAUUGGGAAGCUAUGGAAUAGAUUUGGAGAUAUAUUUUUGAGGUCCAAUUAAAAAUUUCACCUUCUAAUCAUCCUAUAUUAUUGACAGAAGCACCUAGAAAUUCAAAAAUGAAUUAAGAAAGGAUGACAGAGAUAAUGUUUGAAAAUUUUGACGUUCCUUUUCUUCAUAUUUCAAAUCAAACUGUGCUUUCAUUGUAUUCAUUAGGGAAAACUACAGGUGUGA